AUUCCAUAUAAAUCCGCCCCAUUAUUCUCCAUUUCCACUCUCUUCCAUUGGUGGGAAGGAAAUUACCCAAAGGGAAAAUUCGAGAAAAGGGUUUCCCUUUUCUCAAUUUUUUCUUCCUUCUCUCUCUCCCAUCGCUGCGCGCCGGAGGAGUCACCAUUUUUGGGAUUAUGGAUUUGACUUCGCAAUCGGCGGCUGAAUUGGAGCGGAAGGCGGUUGAUGACGACCACCAGGCGCCGCCGCCGCCCUACGUUUCGAUGGUGGAUCCGUUCCUCGUCGAGGCUCUCCAGAACCCUCGUCAUCGGCUAACUAUUCUACGAAUGGAGCUUGAUAUACAGAAGUUCCUGCAGAGUCCUGAUAUUCAGCAGUUUGAGUUUCCGCACUUCCCAACUUCAUACCUUCGUCUUGCUGCUCACCGGGUUGCCCAACACUAUGGUUUGCAGACUAUGGUUCUGGAUAGUUCUGUGGAUGGCCAAGGAAUCCGGAUUCUGGUUAUAAAGAAAGCAGAGAGUAAGUCUCCGGCUGUUUGCUUAUCUGAUGUACCAGCUAAAAAGUCAGAAAAUGACAAGCUUGAUCAACUUAAGAUUGUCAUACGACCAAGACCUAAAGGCUCCUCAAAUAACUCCAAUGAACUGGGGCUUAAACGCAGUCCGGUGAGAUCCGUGGAAGAGAGGAAGGAGGAGUACGACAGAGCAAGGGCUCGUAUAUUUAGCAGUCCAAGUAGUUCCGAGUCAGAAGAUACAUCUUUCCAGGUUGCUUCUGAUGGAAGGAAUUCGAUUAUAAAUGAGAAUGAAGUUUCUAGAAACCUUGCUAUUGAUAUGGAUAGAAGCCCCUUCUUCAGGGAAGUAGGUAAUUCUUCUAGAGUAGCCAUUCUUAGGGACAGGGAAAAGGACCGAACAGACCCUGAUUAUGAUCGCAGUUAUGACAGAUAUGUUAGGAGCCUCCCGAAUAACCAGAGCUUCAACCCAACACCUUUCAAUAUGCAGAAAUUCCAGCCUCCGUUCGUCCAUUAUGAGUCUGUAUUUCCCCAUCAUGGUCAGAUGGCAGCAGCACCUCAAGGUUCUAUAAACUAUGGAAACCAUGUGAUGGGCCCUUACUGUGCCAUGGGGUUAAAUCCCGCUUCUACUGACGCCUUGUAUGUGCAAUGGCCAACUCAGUCCAUGAUGCAUGCACAGUCAUAUGAUCAACUAAGACAUGGCUUUUUUCAGGCUCCCUUCUGCCAGCAGCCUCUGAGUUUCGAUUACUCACAGAACCAUCGAUGACAGUUGGAAUUUGGCUGGGAACCAUAGGGAGAAAGGUCAUUUAGGUUAUAGUGUUGAACCACAAUUGAACUUUGUCCUGUGAUUUAGUUUCCUUGUGUUGAUUCUUCUCCAUUUGUUGUAAGGUUGUAGCAGAAAACUUAAGUAUUGUACCAAGUUAAUUUGCUUAUCGGGAGAGACCAAAUCUCUAUUCAUGUUGCAGAUAUUUCUUAUUUGGAUAAAUUCAUCAGUAUUGUAUUGUGCUUUGUA